AUGGCCUCAACUUCUAUUUUUGAAUCAAGCUCUGGUGAGCAACGAUGUAUAGGUGAGCAACGAUGGAUAGCCCAAAUCAGCAAGAUUUUGGAAAAAGAUGUGAAGGUGGAAAUCGACCCGGUUUCCAUCUUUCGAGUACCAGCAACGCUAAGUGCGUUGAAGCCCAAGGCCUAUGUGCCACAAGUCAUCGGCCUAGGCCCGUACCACCAUCUUCGAACCGAGCUCUAUGACAUGGAGAGGUACAAGCUUGCCGCGGCAAUCAAGCUUCAACAAGAGUUUAGAAGUCUUGAAUUCAAACAGCUUGUUAGCGGGCUUAGCAAGCUUGAACAUAGAGUUCGAGCAUGCUACCACAAGUACUUGGAUUUCGAGGAGGAAACCCUAGCUUGGAUUAUGGCCAUCGAUGGGCUUUUCCUGCUCGAGUUUCUUCGUUGUUAUAAUUCCACCCCUUCAAUUACCACUGCCCAUUUGGUCGACUCCACCGGGAGGAAAUUGGCCCACGAGGCAGUCCUCGGUGACAUACUGAUGCUUGAAAAUCAGAUUCCGAUCUUUGUUCUAAGCAAGAUCCUGUCCAUGCAAUGCUCAUCGCAUCUUGAAGUGGCCGAAGAUUUGUUUCGUCCAGUUUCCACACGGACCAUACUCAUGCAUUUUUGUAGACUGAUUUCUCCGCUCAAAAUCGGGGACGAUCUCAUUUUGUCUGAUGAAGUGUCCGAGCAUGCUCAUUUAUUGGAUCUUCUGUACCAUUUGAUCAUCGAGCCCAAAUUGGUUGGACCGGCCGUCAAACCAUGCAACAUAUAUGGGGAAAGUGAAGCUCCAAGCUCUGAGAAAAACCUGAGCUUGGAUUCAAGUAAGCUUAGUCAAGUUUUCACGUAUCUUUGGAACAUGUUAUUGAAACUACCCGUAGGGUUUAUAAGUAAAAUCACAAAACCGGUUAAGAACAUAGUUAGCGUGUCUGGAAAAUUUAUUUCUAGUGUACCAAAGGGAAUCAUAGCAUCAAAAAGUAUAGAAGAUAUAAACCCCGAAAACGAGGGGAUGAAAACUCCCAAAGUAGAAGAAAUCAUGAUUCCCUCGGUAUCCGACCUUUCUUAUGCCGGGGUGCGAUUCUGUCCUACCACCGGUAGAAUCGCGACCAUUAGGUUCGAUCAGAGAACCAAGAAAUUCUACCUCCCAGUCAUCAGCCUUAACGUCAAUUCUGAAGUUAUAAUGAGGAAUCUAGUGGCAUAUGAGGCCUCAAUCGGGUCCGAAUCACUUGCUUUCACGCGAUACAUAGAGCUAAUGAAUGGGAUUGUAGACACGGCUGAAGAUGCAAAACUGUUGAGGGAAAAGAAAAUCAUCGUCAAUAGUCUCAAGAGUGAUGCCGAUGUUGCACUACUUUUCAAUGGCAUGAGUAAAUGUGUUAGGCUCACGAAUGUGCCGUUGAUUGACAAGACGAUUGAAGAUGUCAACAAGUACUUCAACAACACGAGGGCAGUUAGGGUUUAUAGGAGGAUGAAGAACUUUGUGUAUGGUUCUUGGCAGCUCCUCACAAUUCUUGCUGUUGCGUUGAUGAUGUUGCUGAUGGGUGUUCAGUCGUUUUGUUCUGUUUAUAUUUGCCCUAAACUCUUCAACACUCUCAGUUCGGAUCAGUGA